UGGACCAACUGAGGCACAUUCAAGAGCGAGCAAAGACUAAGUUUAGUCUCUCAAGGGAAACGAACACGGAUGUGCAGUUUGAUGAGCUGAAGCACAUAUCGAUGCAUAAACUACGAAUCUAUGGACUAAUAAACGGAUGAAAUGCGUGCUCUUGAAAAUUUAAUAAGAGAUGAGGCCAUAAUUAUCGGUACGGUUUACUCUAUUUUCUUUUACCAGUAACUUUACUCGUUCUUUUUAUAUUUAUGCUAUUCACGAAUUGUAUUUCAUUUCUGUGACAAGUGAAUUACCGGGGAAACACAAACUUGGGUUUAGUUUUGGGAAGAUGCUUUUUGCUUUCACAUGGCAACACCCGUCUGAUGUUUAAAGCGAAAGCAUCCAAUGGAAACGACUGGUUUAAUUCAUCUUUUCUAAACGAAGACUGAUGUUGUCGACACCAGUGGUCUCACAGCGUUGGACGUUCACAGCGUAAAGGAACUCUCUUAGGACACACCACAUACAGAACUGUGAGGAAUUAAAAGAAUAGUUCGCAUCGACUGGGUUCUUUGUAAUUACCAAAAUGACCGUCAAACUGGAUUUUGAAGAAUGCCUAAAAGACUCCCCGCGAUUCAGGGCAGAAAUCGAGAAGGUGGAGGUCAACGUCAAUGAGCUGGAGACGAGACUCGAGAAGGAAUGUUUAGAAAAGUUUUCUAAAAAGCUGUCAGACAUCGUCACUGCUCAAGAGGAGGUGAUUGAAACCACACAAAAGUCUGUGAAGUUGAAGCUACAGAAUUUUGUGAAAGAGUAUACUCAACUAGUCCUGAAUUCUGCAAGAGAGAAAAGGGACAUGGAGCAGAGACAUGGUGCUGUCAAGAAAAAGGAUGUGUCAUAUGAUGACUCCAUAAUGGACUUCAGCCCAGAUGCACCCAAUGGCAUCGCGAUGGAAGGUUACCUGUACAAGAGAGCCAGCAAUGCUUUUAAAACAUGGAGCAGGCGCUGGUUCUCCAUUCAGAAGAACCAGCUGGUUUACCAAAAGAAACAUAAUGAGCAGAUCACUGUUGUUGUGGAGGACUUGCGUUUAUGCACAGUGAAGCUCAGCAGUGAACAAGACAGACGAUUCUGCUUUGAGGUCGUCUCUCCCUCCAAGAGCUGUUUAUUACAGGCUGAUUCAGAGCGACAGCACCAAAGCUGGAUCAGCGCUGUCCAGAACAGCAUCGCCUCAGCAUUCCAGGACAGAAGAGAUGACAAUCUUGGCCCUAGAGAUCGCUGUAGCUCAGUGUCUGCAGGAAGUGUGCGUUUGAGUGCAGGGGAGCCGGAACCGUCUGGUCGGGAGGCUCUGGAGGAGGUGCAGGCCAUCUCAGGGAACGGUCAGUGCUGUGACUGCGGGGAGCCUGGACCCGACUGGGCCUCUAUCAAUCUGGGCAUCACGCUGUGCAUUACCUGCUCUGGCAUACACAGGAGUUUAGGUGUCCACUUCUCGAAGGUACGAUCCCUGACGCUGGACUCGUGGGAGCCAGAGCUCAUCAAACUCAUGUGUGAGUUAGGAAACACAGCCAUUAACAAGAUCUAUGAGGCGCGUAUUGAUGAGAUCACAAUCAAGAAGCCCCAUCCCUCUAGUCCAAGACAAGAUAAGGAGUCGUGGAUUCGUUCUAAAUAUGUAGAGAAGAAAUUCAUCCACAAGCUCCCGGAGACUGGUCGAGGAACGGUCCUGCUGCGCUCCAGUGCCCAACGGAACAGAGCAGCCACACAGGACAAACCCAACACACGCCCUGCCCUCAAACCCAAACCCAACCGAGCCACUCUGCCACGACUCACGGGCCUGAACCCAAGUGACAUAAUGAAGAACAAUUCCAGCUCUCAUAAAGAGAAUAAUGAAGAGGAGGAUCUGAGUGGUCUUCAUCCCGGGGCUUUGCUGUAUCGAUCUGCAGCAAUGCAGCAUUUCCCUCUCAUGGCAGACGCUCUGGCGCACGGCGCUGAUGUCAACUGGGUCAAUGUGGCUGAAGACAGCAAAACUCCACUAAUACAAGCCGCUAUGGUUAAUUCCUUGGCAGCCUGUGAGUUUCUCCUACAGAACGGUGCUAAUGUUAACCAGGUGGACUCAAACGGGAGGGGACCACUACAUCAUGCUACCAUACUAGGACAUACAGGGUUAGUGUGUCUAUUUCUUAAGAGAGGAGCAGACUACAAUGCAAAAGACAUUGAUGACAAGGACCCAAUCGGCAUUGCUAUAGAUAACGCCAACGCUGACAUCGUCACGCUACUCCGGAUAGCCAAGAUGAACAAGGAGAUGCGGGAGAUGGAUGGCACUCCAUCAGGUGAUGAUACCUAUCAUGACAUUUUCAGGGAUUUCUCCCAAAUGGCCUCCAACAAUCCAGAGAAGCUUAAUCGCCGUAGCGCUGACAUGAAAUGAACCACCUGACCACUAGAUGUCAAUGUUACACCAAUACACACACACACACACACACACACACACACACUCCAGUAGACAAAAUGAAAUGCUGCAUCAUUUGGUUUGUCUGGCAUACAUGAGUGUGGGUCUAAACAUCUGGGUUUUUGCAUAUUUAUCCCGGUUUAGGCUUUAGGAUGUCAUCAGUCAUUUAGUUAUUUCUUCUUUUCACAAUGUUCUUGUAGCUGAAUAAUUUAUAAUUUGAGCAAGUUUACAUUCCAAAUGGUAUGAAAGCAAGACAACAAGCCAUACUGUAGAGGUGGAGUGGACUUUUCUGUGUUUCUCAUUUAGUUGGCAAUGAAUUUUUCCUCAUUCAGAUGAUUUUCAGUGGACAAGUUGCUUUUCUUCUUUUUAUUCACUAUGUUGUGAGCCACAGUGUUAAUGCAACUUGAAUGUACUUGUUACUUUGGGUGAGAGAUCACUGUUUUCUUGGUUCUCCUGUAUAAUUGUUCUUUUCUUUAUAAUUUUAAUUUCUCUUUUUAUAAGAACAAAACAACCCGUUUGAAAAAUGGUCAAUUGUUGUUUUGUGAGCAUGCAAUGUUCUAAACAUGUAUAAAUGAAUAACCGUGAAAACGGUAGAAUGUGUAGCGAAAUAAAUAAAUGAUUAAUGACUUAU